AGGCUGGGCGCCCCCGGCCUGGAGCCAGGUGGCAGAGGGGAGACCGAGGCCGGGGGCGGGGUGCCAGGAGGGGCGGGGUGGGCCUCACCUGCCAGAGGAGGGGCCACUGGCCGGCCGGCGGGCCAUGGCGGGUGCGGGGCUGGGGCCUCGGAGCUGGGGCCGGCGGGAGGUGGAGGAGGCCAGGGCUGGGCGACUCGGGGGGCCGUGCCGGUGCGCCCGGGGGAGACGGGCUGCCCCUCGGAAGCCGGCCGCGCCCGCCGCGUGGACGCCCUUCAUGGCGGCCGAGGAGGUGCACUGGCCUGUCCCCAUGAAGGCCAUCGGCGCCCAGAACCUGCUGACCAUGCCGGGGGGCGUGGCCAAGUCCGGCUACCUGCACAAGAAGGGGGGCACCCAGCUCCAGAUGCUCAAGUGGCCCCUGCGUUUCGUCAUCAUCCACAAGCGCUGUGUCUACUACUUCAAAAGUAGCACCUCCGCCUGCCCGCAGGGUGCCUUCUCCCUGAGUGGCUACAACCGGGUGAUGCGGGCGGCAGAGGAGACCACGUCCCACAACGUCUUCCCCUUCAAGAUCAUCCACGUCAGCAAGAAACACCGCACCUGGUUCUUCUCUGCCUCCUCAGAGGACGAGCGCAAGAGCUGGAUGGCCUUGCUGCGUCGUGAGAUUGGCCACUUCCACGAGAAGAAGGAGCUGCCCCUGGAGACCAGCGACUCUGGCUCGGACAGUGACAGCUUCUACGGUGCCAUCGAGCGGCCAGUGGACAUCAGCCUGUCACCGUACCCCACCGACAAUGAAGACUACGAGCAUGAUGAUGAGGACGACUCAUACAUGGAGCCUGACUCCCCAGAGCCCCCAGAGGACACCCUGAGCCACCCGCCCGCCUACCCCCCGCCGCCCGUGCCCACGCCCCGGAAGCCAGCCUUCUCGGACAUGCCCCGCGCCCAGUCCUUCACCUCCAAGGGCCCCGGCCCAAUGCCACCACCGCCACCGCCCAAGCGCAGCCUCCCAGACAUCGGGCCGGCCGCCGAGGACGCCAGGCGGGACCUGCUGGGCCAGCGGAGACUCGACCCCGGGGCCUGGACCUGCGCCUCCCGGAGAAUGAGCGACCCCCCGCCCGGCGGCGGCAUGCCCUCAGUGCCCGUCCUGCGGAAGCCUCCCCGCCCAGAGCCCCGACCGCCUGCCCAGGCACACAGCUCCAUCCCUGGCACCUUGGGCAUGGCCGCCACCGCCUCCAGGAACUGUGACAAGCUCCAGUCCUUCCACCUGUCCCCCCGGGGCACCUCCGAGCCUCCACCCCUGCCUGCCAACAAGCCCAAGCUCCCCAGGAUGGCUGAGGAGCAGCCCCCAAGGGAGCCGGCCGGGCCCAUGCCCUUCCUGCCCCCCGUGGCCCCCCGGCCGCCCGUGCUGAAGCUGCCCGCACCCGACACACAUGCCCGGCUGCCCAUGCCGCCCAAGCCCGAGAAGCCGCCUCACCCCCACCUGCAGCGCUCGCCCCCCGACGGGCAGAGUUUCCGGAGCUUCUCGUUCGAGAGCCCCCGACAGGUCACCUCACAGGCCGAGCCCGGCAGCGGGGAGGACUCAGAUGAGGACUACGAGAAGGUACCCCUACCCAGCUCCGUCUUCAUCAACACCACGGAAUCCUGUGAGGUGGAGAGGCUGUUCAAAACCACCAGCCCCCGGGGAGAGCCCCAUGACGGCCUGUACGGCAUCCGGAACUCCUCCACCAAGUCGGGGAAGGUGCUGGUCGUGUGGGACGAGAGCUCCAGCAAAGUCAGGAACUACCGAAUCUUCGAGAAGGACUCUAAAUUCUACCUGGAAGGCGACGUGCUGUUUGUGAGCGUGGGAAGCCUGGUGGAGCACUACCACACGCACCUGCUUCCCGGCCACCAGAGCCUGCUGCUGCAACGGCCCUACGGCUACUCCGGGCCCAGGUGACGGCCGGCGCGUGAGACGGGGGCCCGGGGCGAGGCCAGGCCCCUGCUCCAGAGGCCCAGCUCUCCUGCAGGAUCCCGGGACUGAACCCCACCAGGUGUGGUGGGCAGCAACGAGGAACACCCCCCCACCCCCCCACCCCCACCCCCGCACACCUGCCCUGCACUGGGCUGCUCUGGGAGCCAGGCGUGGGGGCAGCUGGGCUGUGCCCAGGGUGCCCAGGAAUGCUAAGACGCCAAGUGCGGCCUCAAUAAAAAGCCGUCUCCUCUG